CUGUAUCGAGUGUGCAGACAUGUCAGAAGGGAGAAUGAAAGGAGAGGCACAACUCGAUUGACGGCCAUCAAGUCGGAGAGUUACUGGACGUGAAACACUAAUAACCUGAAACAACGUUGACAUAUUGGUGACCAGCAAAGGAAACGUUCAGCACAACAUGUGGGUGAUUGGCAUAGCUGUGUGUCUAUACAGCUUCACUAUAAAUGGUAAUGAGGAGUGUAUUCCAGGAACAUUUGGGCAUGAUUGCAAGCAAAACUGUUCUCAAAAACUGUCAUAUUCCUCAAAAUACCAUAUUGCCCUGUAACAAAGAAGACGGGACCUGCUAUGAAGGAUGCAAUGUGGGUUUCUAUGGAGAUCGGUGUGACCAACGUUGUAGCAAGAACUGCAAAGAACACGUCUGUUUCCAGAUCAACGGACACUGUAGUGAAGGCUGUAUAGACAAUCACAUCGGGGACUUCUGUGAGGUCGUCCAAGAUCCACCUCCAGGCCUAAGAGGUACAACCAAGGAUGUUCCUAUAACAGUAACCACAACGGUAAUACCGCCACCGAGAACCAGCUCUGAAACUGUCGCUAUCGCGGUCAUCGUUCCAGUUGUUGCCCUGGUACUUGCCCUGGUGGUCACUGUCUGCAUCAUCUUAAGACGGUGUAGAAACAGGGAAAAACACAAAAUGAGUGAAAAUGAUGCUGAGGUUGGGCAGGAAUUACUCCAAGGCUCUAAAUUGACGAACAGUAGCCGAGACGACACCGCUUUGCAUGAUGCGUGCAGAAGAGGGACCCUUGCCGAAGUCAGACAAAUGAUAUCUGAAGAUCCGGUAAACAUAAACAGCAGAGGGAAGUGUGGCUGGACACCAGUCAUGAUAGCAGCUGAGGGGGGACGCCGAGAACUAGUUGACUUCCUUGUGAGACAAGGGUGUGACCUGUCACUUACAAAUGAUGACGGUAACACUAUCCUUCACGUGGCUUCUGUUGAAGGACAUUUGAAGAUAGUCAGAUCAAUCCUCUCAAAGAAAACAGUUGACGUUAACACUACAGGACACUGUAACAGGACAGCAGUGAUGGCGGCAGCAAGGUUUGGACAUCGGAAAGUGUUUGACUUACUUGUGAAGAACGGAAGUGAUCUUUCAGCUGUUGAUUCAGAUGGAAACAACAUCCUUCACAUCGCAUGUAUUGGAGGACAUGUGGAGAUCGUGAAAUAUAUCCUCACCAACGUCAGCGUUGAUAAUAACAGCAGAGGGUGCAACGGUAUGACUCCGGUGAUGCUUGCAGCAAACUCUGGACAUAUGCAAGUGUUUGAACUUCUCGCCGAACAGGGAUGUCUCUUGCCCACAGUGGAUAGAAAUGGUAGGAGUAUCCUUCACUAUGCCUGUGUAGGAAAUAAUGUUGCAAUUGUUGAUUUUAUCCUCAAGAAAAACAUAGUUUUUGUGGACGGAGAAGACAGUAUGGGGAAGACUCCAGUGAUGCUUGCUGUUGAGUGUGGCCACAGAGACGUAUUUCAGCUGCUUGUGCCUAAACAGUGUCACAUACACAAGGCCUGUCGCGGUGGAAACAACAUUCUUCAUACAAGUUGUGCUCUGGGCCAUGUGGACAUAGUAAAGUGUAUUCUGACACAGGGUCGUAUUCAUAUUGACAGUUUUGGACAAAACCAGAUGACACCUGUAAUGUUUGCAGCAAAGAAUGGACAAAGAGACACAUUUGAUUUACUUGUGAAUAGGGGAUGUGACACGUCCCAGUUAGACGAAGACGGAAACACCGUACUUCACAUGGCCUGUAUUGGAGGAAAUAUAGACAUUGUUGAAGAUAUCCUGUCAAAGGAACUUGUUGACAUCAAUAGUAGAGGACAGUAUCAGAGGACCCCAGCAAUGGUGGCAGCAGCAUGUGGACACAGGGAAGUGUUUGACUUACUCGUCAACAGUGAAGCUGACUUGAAACUAGUUGACAGCCGAGGAUUUGGAAUACUUCAACUGAUCGCCAUGGGCGGACACUUACAGAUGAUGGAACAUGUUCAAAACGUUAUGGUCUGACGGUGAAACUGGACAUUGUUACAGCCAUUCACCAGUUGUAACUACAACGUUCAAUAGUUCCAUGGAUCUGUUUAGUUGUAAAUAGUAGCUACGUUUUUACAUGAAUUGCGUAGUUUCAGCUUGAUUCAUCAAACAGAGGUAAUCGUCUAUUUGACAUUUUCUAACAGAUAAAAAGUUAAAGAUAUAUUUGAAGCUUCAUUUAAACUACUUUGCCAAAUGUAUAUAUUUUGUCUUUGCUUAGUACAGCAGAAUGUCCGCGCCUGUCCAUUAUUUACUACUUUACUCAUUGAAAUAAAGGAGUCAAGACCUUCAAGAUCAUUCUGUGGCAGAUAUAUUUGUGGUAAAACACCGUUGCAACAGUAUUACAUUGUGUCUGCUGAGGUUCUGCAGCGGGCAGAUGUGUGCUAGUUAGACUAAGCGUCAAAAUUAAUCUUGAAGCUUAUAGGUCAGCAUCGAUCAAUCCGUCAUAGUGUUAUGCAGCAUGCGACAGACUCUUGAAGUUCUAAAACUGGCUUUGAAUAUGUACUGCCGAUCCAUUGCGUACUGUCAAUGUGGUGACACGAACAAUAAUUUGUUUUAACUUGUAAACCUGUAGACAAUUUGUUUAUAGGAAAUGAAAAUUAUGUUAUGUUACUUUGUUUGUGUUGUGUUUAUACAUUAAAUUCUCUGGUUCAGAUUUC